UGUGAGACAUUUAAAUUCAUGAGAGAAAGCGAUUUAAAGAAGCACGGAGGCUAACGUAAGCCUUUCUACGGAGUAAGGGGGCAGGGACGGAGACAUUUUUUUACAGUAACAGGAACACCCGACACAAGAUAAGAUAGGCUAACGGGAACAAGCCGGUGGUGAAUACAUGCCAAACGAGUGGAAACCUUUCACCGAUUGGUUCAACAUCGUCAUUUUUAACGGGACGCCCAACCGAAAUUCAACAUGGAUGAUAUAGUCAUAGCUGGGAUAUCGGGUCGUUUGCCCGAGUCCAACAACCUUGAGGAAUUCUGGGAAAACCUGAUGGGUGGUGUGGACAUGGUGACAGAGGACAACCGGCGGUGGACUCCAGGUCUGUACGGUCUCCCAAAGCGGAACGGAAAACUGAAAGACAUCAGCAAAUUCGGCGCCUUCUUUGGAGUCCACCCCAAACAGGCCAACACCAUGGACCCCCAGCUCCGCAUCAUGCUGGAGGUUGCAUACGAGGCCAUUGUAGACGGAGGACUGAACCCGGCCGCGCUGCGUGGCAGUAAAACAGGAGUCUAUGUCGGAGUGAGCGGCUCAGAGGCCAGUGAAGCAUUCAGCAGAGAUCCGGACGAGCUACUGGGCUACAGUAUGACCGGCUGUCAGCGCGCCAUGUUGGCCAACAGACUCUCUUACUUCUUUGAUUUUAGUGGCCCCAGCACGGCCAUCGACACAGCCUGCUCCUCCAGCCUGCUGGCUUUAGAAAAUGCCUUCCACGCCAUGCGCCAGGGUCUGUGUGAAGCUGCACUAGUGGGCGGAGUCAACCUGCUGCUCAAGCCAAACACCUCCGUGCAGUUCAUGAGGCUGGGCAUGCUCAGUCCUGAGGGGACCUGCAAGUCCUUUGAUGCUUCAGGAAAUGGGUACUGUCGCUCGGAGGCAGCCAUGGUCGUGCUUCUAACAAAGCGGUCGGCAGCUAAAAGAGUGUAUGCCACAGUAGUCAACGCUGGAAACAACACAGAUGGAUAUAAAGAGCAAGGUGUAACAUUUCCUUCAGGUGAGAUGCAGCAGAGGUUGGUUCGUUCUCUCUAUGAGGAGUCAAAUAUAACACCUGAGCAGGUGGAGUACGUUGAAGCCCACGGCACCGGCACAAAGGUUGGAGACCCACAGGAAGUGAACGGCAUCGUCGGUGUAUUCUGUAAUUCAAAGAGAGAACCUCUGCUCAUCGGUUCCACUAAAUCCAACAUGGGUCAUCCAGAACCGGCUUCUGGUCUUGCUGCUUUGGCAAAGGUGUGCCUUUCUUUGGAGCGAGGAGUCUGGGCGCCCAACCUGCACUUCAACAGUCCAAACACUGACAUCCCAGCUCUCACUGACGGCCGACUUCAAGUUGUUGACCGCCCAAUUCCUGUUCGAGGAGGCAUUGUUGGCGUCAACUCUUUUGGAUUUGGGGGUUCAAAUGUUCACGUGAUCCUUCGUCCAGCUGAGAAACCAGCUGAUGCCACCACACCACCCAGGACCGUUCCCAGGGUGCUUCAAGUGUGUGGCCGCACAGAAGCUGCCGUGAAUGUCUUGCUGCAGAAGGGUAAGGAGCACGCUGCAGAUAACAACUUCCUGUCUCUGCUGAACGAAGUGUCAGGAGCUCCUACAGGCAGCAUGCCAUACAGAGGUUACACUCUGAUCGACUCUCAGAGCGACAUCAUGGAAGUGCAGCAGGUGCAGGGCGCUGCCAGACCGCUAUGGUACAUCUGUUCAGGUAUGGGAACGCAGUGGGCAGGUAUGGGUCGUAGUCUCAUGCAGCUUCCAGAGUUCAGAGAGUCGAUACUGCGAUCUGAUGCCGCGCUGAAGGACACCGGCCUGGUUGUGUCUCGUCUGCUCAUGGAGGCAGAUGAUUCCGCUUUGGAAGACACUGUUCACGCCUUCGUCGGCCUCGCCGCCAUACAGAUAGCUGAGAUCGACCUGCUCACUAAGCUGGGUCUAAAACCUGACGGCAUCAUAGGACACUCGGUGGGAGAGCUGGCCUGCGGCUACGCUGACGGCUCCCUCAGCCACAGCGAGGCCGUCCUGGCUGCUUACUGGAGAGGACGCUGCAUCAAGGAGGCCAACCUUCCUCCAGGAGGCAUGGCUGCAGUCGGUUUGACCUGGCAGGAGUGUUUGGCUCAGUGUCCACAAGGAGUCGUCCCAGCCUGUCACAACGCUGAGGACACCGUUACCAUCUCCGGUCCACAGGAAGCGAUCAGUAAAUAUGUGGCAGAGCUGAAAGAACAGGGUGUGUUUGCAAAGGAGGUCCGCAGCGCUGGCGUUGCUUUUCACUCCUACUACAUGGCGUCCAUCGCUCCGGCCCUGCUGGCUGCUCUGAAGAAGGUGAUUAAGGAGCCACGACAGCGCUCUCCCCGCUGGUUGAGCACCAGCAUCCCGCAGGAUGAAUGGGACUCUCCUCUGGCUCUGACCAGCUCAGCGGAUUACCAACGUCACAACCUGGUCAGCCCCGUCCUCUUCCAGGAGGCACUCCGUCUGGUGCCUGAGAACGCUGUGGUGGUGGAGAUAGCACCUCAUGCUCUGCUACAGGCCAUCCUGAAACGGAGCCUGAAGCACACAUGCUCCAUCCUCCCCUUGAUGAAGAGAGGACACGCCAACAACCUCGAGUUCUUCCUCUCAAACAUUGGAAAAAUCUACAUGAACGGGAUCAACGUGGAUACUAACAACCUCUGCCCAGCAGUGAGGUACCCUGUGCCUGUUGGCACCCCACUGAUCUCCCCCUUGGUGCAAUGGGAUCAUGCCCAGACCUGGGAUGUCCCCAAGGCAGAACACUUUGUAUCUGGCUCAGGAGGUUCCAAUUCUGCUACUGUCUACAAGAUCGACAUAAACCCAGAGUCUCCUGAUUACUACAUGAUUGGACACUGCAUUGAUGGGCGCGUCCUUUAUCCAGCAACCGGCUACCUGGUGCUGGCCUGGCGUACCUUGAUAAGAAAUCUGGGAGUUGUCAUGGAAACCAACCCCAUAACCUUCGAAGACGUCACCAUCCACAGGGCAACCAUUCUGCCAAAAAAUGGCUCUGUUCAGCUGGAGGUACGUCUCAUGCCCGCCACCAACAAGUUUGAGGUUUCUGAGAACGGGAAUCUGACUGUCAGUGGUAAGGUGAGCCUCCUGCAGGAUGCGGCCCUCGAUUCAUUCCACAGUCAGAUAAGUCAACAAACUACUAACGACGACAGUGACCCUAAAAUGAAGCUUACGGCUCCUGAUAUCUACAAAGAGCUGCGACUGAGGGGCUACGACUACGGGAAAACCUUUCAGGGCAUCUUAGAGUCCAACAAUGCAGGAGAUGUUGGGAAGCUGCAGUGGACAGGAAACUGGGUGACCUUUUUGGACACGAUGCUGCAGAUGAUCGUGGUCGGGCUGUCAGGUCGCAGUCUGCGUCUGCCAACCAGGAUCCGAUCAGUUUGCAUCGAUCCAGCUGUUCAUCAGGAGAAGGUCAGCGAGUACACUGACGGAAAGAAAGCUGUGAAUGUCCAUGUCAACCGUUGCCUCGACAACAUCACAGCUGGCGGAGUCCAGAUCUCUGGUCUUCAUGCAACUGUUGCACCCCGCCGGCAGCAGCAGCAGAGUCCCCCCACCCUGGAGGAGUUUGUGUUUGUGCCCUAUGUGGAGACUGAGUGUCUGACCGCCAACGGGAAGCACACCGAGCAGCUGAGGAUCUGCAAAGGUUUAAUCCACAGACUGCAGAGGAAGCUGGCCAAUCAAGGAGUCAAACUGUCCAUACCUGGGCUUCAAGGAGAGUCAGACGGCCCCCUCCCCAGCCCUGAGCCCUCUGAGCCCGGCCUGGUCCGGCUGCUGGCCCUGCUUUGCGGCCUGGAGCUAAACGGAAAUCUUCAAUCUGAGCUGGAGCAGACGGUGGAGAAAGAGAGGGCGUGUCUGCUGCAGGACGGCCUGCUGCAGGGUCUGCUUGACCAUCCAGCACUUAGACACUGUCUGGACACCGCCGUGGAGAACAGCACACCUGGCAAGAUUAAAGUUCUGGAGGCUCUCUCAGACGACGGUCAGCUCUUCUCCCGCGUGGUUCCCCUCCUGAACAUCCAGCCCAUGCUGCGUGUGGAUUACACCGCCACCACAUCCAACCUAGACCUUCUGACACCCCACCAGACCUCCCUGGAGGAACUGGCAGUGGCUUCAGCUCAGUGGGACCCCCUCACAGGCCCAGCUCCUGGAGGUGCUGUGGGAGGGGCUGACCUGGUGCUCUGUAACCACGCUUGGGGCCCUCUGAGGAUGGAUCCUGGACUGCUAGUGGCAAAUCUGGCUUCUGCAGCCAAACAAGGAGGGUUUGUUCUCCUGCACACCCUGCUGAAGGGAGAGACUCUUGGGGAAAUGGUUGCCUUCCUCUCCAGCAGCACUCAGAACAGCAGCCAGCAGGGACUCCUCACACAGGCUGAGUGGGAGAAGGUGUUCUCUGAGGCGUCUCUAAGCCUGGUCGCUGUCCGGAAGUCUUUCUCUGGCUCUGCUCUCUUUCUCUGUCGCUGUCAGGCUCCAGAGAAAAAACAGCCUGUUUUCAUACCUGUGGACGGUACCGACUACAAGUGGGUGGAUACACUGAAGACGACCAUUGCCGACUCAUCAGACUGUCCAGUGUGGCUGACUGCCUCUCAAAGUCAUUGUGGCAUUGUGGGAAUGGUCAACUGUCUGCGGCAGGAGCCCGGUGGUCACAGAAUACGCUGUGCAUUUGUUUCCAACCUGAACAAGUCUUCUUCAGUACCUACCUUUCAGCCGACCCAUAAGUCCAUGCAGUCGGUGCUGGACGGGGAUCUGGUCAUGAAUGUGUUCAGAGACGGACACUGGGGCGUCUUCAGGCACCAGCUGAUCUCUCAAGAUCUAAAUGAAGCGUUGACAGAGCACGCCUAUGUCAAUGUGUUGACUCGUGGUGACCUGUCUUCCCUGCGCUGGAUCGCAUCCCCGCUCCGACACUUUGUGACCAGCAACCCCAACGUGCAGCUGUGUCGCGUUUUCUACAGCUCGCUGAACUUCAGAGACAUAAUGCUGGCCACGGGAAAACUCCCUCCAGACGCAAUCCCAGGUGACCUGGCUCUGCAGCAGUGCAUGCUGGGUAUGGAGUUUUCCGGUCAGGACCCCAGCGGCCGGCGUGUGAUGGGACUGCUUCCUGCCAAAGGGCUGGCGACGAGUGUGGAUGCUGACAAACGCUUCCUGUGGGAUGUUCCCUCCAGCUGGACACUGGAGCAGGCAGCCUCAGUCCCGGUGGUCUACGCCACAGCGUACUACUCUCUGGUGGUGCGGGGCCGGCUCCGCUCUGGAGAGUCUGUUCUCAUCCACUCAGGGUCAGGGGGCGUCGGCCAGGCUGCCAUCGCCAUAGCUCUGAGCAAGGACUGUAAAGUCUUCACCACAGUCGGUUCGGCAGAGAAGCGUGCGUACUUGCGGGAGCGGUUCCCUCAGCUGUCUGCAGACUCCUUUGCUAACUCCAGAGACACUUCAUUUGAAGAACACAUCCUGCUGCACACACAGGGAAAAGGUGUGGACAUUGUGCUGAACUCUUUGGCUGAGGAGAAGCUGCAGGCCAGUAUUCGCUGCCUGGCCAGACAUGGACGCUUCCUGGAGAUCGGAAAAUACGACCUGUCCAACAACUCUCCUCUGGGCAUGGCUCUGUUCCUGAAGAAUGUAGCGUUCCACGGCAUCCUGCUCGACGCUCUCUUUGAAGAGGGCAACAAGGAGUGGGAGGAAGUGUCCCAGCUGCUGAAGGAAGGCAUCAUGGGAAGUGUAGUCCAGCCUUUAAAGACCACAGUGUUUGAGAGGGACCAGGUGGAGGAAGCAUUCAGAUACAUGGCUCAGGGCAAACACAUCGGCAAAGUCCUCCUGCGGGUCUGUCAUGAAGAGAAAGCUGCCGCGGUCGUGAAGUCCUCCCCUCUGUCUCUCCCGGCGAUUUGUCGUACAUUCUGUCGCCCCUCCCACUCUUACAUCAUCACUGGGGGACUGGGGGGCUUCGGUCUGGAGCUCGCUCAGUGGCUGACAGAGAGAGGGGCUCGCAAGCUGGUGCUGACGUCCAGAUCAGGAAUCAGGAAUGGUUACCAGGCAAAGCGAGUGCGUGAAUGGCAGAGUCACGGUGUGGAAGUGCUUGUGUCGACAAACGACGUCAGCACGCUGGAGGGAACCGAACAUCUGAUCGCUGAGUCCAGCUCACUGGGCCAAGUGGGCGGAGUCUUCCAUCUCGCUAUGGUGUUGAAAGAUGGCAUGUUGGAGAAUCUGACUCCUCAGCUCUUCCUCGAUGUAAACAAGCCGAAGUAUGACGGCACCGUAAAUCUAGAUAAAGUGACGAGACGCUUGUGUCCAGACCUCAGCUACUUUGUGGCCUUCUCCUCUGUCAGCUGUGGUCGUGGCAACGCCGGUCAGAGUAACUAUGGUUACGCCAACUCCGCCAUGGAGCGCGUGUGUGAAAAGAGGCGCUUUGACGGCUUGCCUGGUCUGGCAGUCCAAUGGGGAGCCAUCGGGGAUGUGGGCGUGGUUCUGGAGACCAUGGGAGGCAAUGACACAGUGAUCGGUGGCACCCUGCCGCAGCGCAUCGCUUCCUGUCUUGAGGUGCUGGACCGCUUCCUGUGCCAGCAGCAGGCGGUGAUGUCAAGCUUCGUGCUGGCAGAGAGGAUGGUGGUGAAGAGAGAGGCAGGGAGUCAGAAGAGCCUGGUGGACACUGUUGCUCACAUUCUGGGUGUACGCGAUGUGAGCAGCCUGAAUGCUGACGCCUCAUUGGCUGAUCUGGGCCUCGACUCGUUAAUGGGCGUGGAGGUUCGUCAGACCCUGGAGCGAGACCACGAAAUUGUCAUGACCAUGAGGGAGAUCCGCCUGCUGACCAUCAACAAGCUGCGAGAUCUUUCUAAUAACAAGACAACUGGAUCAAAUGCAUCUUCUAACGCCACAGCUGAAAAGAACAGUGUUCAAUCUGUGUUGGAAUCUGACCUGACCCAGAUCUUAGUCAACCCCAGCGACUCCACAGUGACGCUGCUGAACGAAGUUCAGAGCCAGGAGAGACCUUUGUUCCUGGUCCAUCCCAUCGAGGGCUCCAUCACUACCUUUAAGACGCUCGCUUUCAAGCUCAGUGCACCCUGCUACGGCCUGCAGUGCACCAAAGCUGCUCCUCUGGACAGCAUCAAGUCUCUGGCAGCAUACUAUGUGGACUGUAUUAGACAGGUGCAGCCCAACGGGCCGUACCGGGUCGCUGGAUACUCCUUUGGCGCCUGCGUGGCGUUUGAGAUGUGCUGUCAGCUCCAGAUGUUGAACCAGCCUGUGGAGCACCUGUUCCUGUUUGACGGCUCACACUCCUAUGUGGCAGCAUACACACAGACUUACAGAGCCAAGUUGACACCAGGAAAAGAGUCUGAGGCUGAAACCGAAGCCAUGUGUGCUUUCAUCCAGCAGUUCACCAGCAUUGAGUACAACAAGCUUGUGGAGGUUCUUCUCCCGCUGAGCGACCUGGCAGCCCGUGUAAACUCUGCAGUGGACCUGAUCAUCUCCAGACACAAGGACAUCAGCAAGGACAUGCUUCACUUCGCAGCCAGCACCUUCUACGAGAAACUGAAGGCUGCUGACGGCUACGUACCUGUGACUAAAUUUCACGGCAAUGUGACGCUUCUGCGAGCCAAAACAAGCAGUGAAUACGGACAAAGCCUGGGAGCAGACUACAAGCUAAGCGAGGUAUGCGAUGGGAAGGUGUUAAUCCACGUCAUCGAGGGAGACCACCGCACCAUCCUAGAGGGAGCCGGAGUGGAGUCCAUCAGCAGCAUCAUCCACGGCUUACUGGCUGAACCUCGUGUCACAGCGAGGGAUGGUUAAAAGGGACCCCAACUCAACAUAACCCCCCCUCCCCUUCAAACUAAUUUCACAACAUUCCCUAAAUGUCUUCCUCCAUGUUUAUCUUUGUUUUAUACUGCGAGUAUAACACAGUCAGUCAUUAGAUACACAAUGUUCUUAUGUCUCAAAUGCACCUUAAUGCACCCUCAAUUCAGGCAAAGGACCCCUCCCCAUCCUGUCAGAGCACUGAACUGGUUUCAUCAUAUCGGGUGCCAUCUGUCUGAGAUAAUGUUUCAUUAUGUUUUAAGUGAGUUUUUUUUUUUUUCACGGAAUAAUCAUCAGAAAAUGUCUAAUUAAAAACGAUCUGUUAAAGCUGCAGCUUUUGCAUUCAGAAGCUCCAACAAUGAACAAUAAUAAAGAAAAAUAACUGAAACUCAAUCAGAUUAAUUAAGAAGAUUAAGAUUAAUCAAAAAGCCUUAUUGUUACCUUUUAUAGCUGCACACAUUAAAAGACUACUGUUUAAGUCACAUUCAGAUCCCGUAUAGAUAUCAUUAAUUUCUAUGGUAUGAAUUUCCACCUGAAUUAUCAAUUAAUGUAGCACUGGAAAAUAAUCCAUCAUAGCAUGAAAAAUAUCUCUGUUGCUUUUAACCGUACAUGUUUUCAUCUAUUUCACUGUAUACACACCCAAACCUGUUAAACAGUUUUUUCUUUUUUGUCUUUUAUUUGCCUAAUUUGUCAAAGAGAGAAUUGAGGUAUGUGUUGUUUUUAUAUUUGUUCCUGCCUUGAAGCAACAUGUGCUGUUGUAUUUCCAGUCUACUGAGACUAAAACUCAUAUCAUGACAAACCUUUAUUAACCUAUUUUUACUCUUGAAAUAUGGAUGUGAUGCAGGUUGUUGCAAAUGAAUAGAUACAAAUAUCACUGAGAGACACCGAACAAACCAACAACAAUUGACAGUAAACUGACAUGGGUCUCAAGAAAUGUCUCUUUACUAUCUGUAAGUCAUGACGCUAAUGACUUCAAAAUAUGAAUUGUUGUAUCCUCAGUUUAAAGGGCUUACACAGGAAACUUUAAAAUAGGUUCCUGCACAGAUCAACCUACUGUUUCUACCUGUUAUGUUUGUCCAAUUACAGUCCUGCUCUGCUGUACUGUGAUUGGCCAGAAAACUGAGAAGUCAAAGAUGGAACUAUAAGCCAGGAGGUGGCUGUUCAACUUUACCCUUUACACUCAUUUGCACACACACUAUGAUCUUUUCUAAACAUAACCAGUAAGUCUUGGUGCUCUAACCUAAGAGCUUUUGGUAGAAAUCUCUGAGUGUCGGCCAAUCACCGCUCAGCAGGAGGAACCUUACUUCUGGUCAAACGCUGCAUAGUUAAUUUAAAUGUUUUCCUGUGUGCUGCUACUAAGCAACAAUACUGUACAUGCAUGUUCUCUGGCUUCGUUCACUUUUUUGUGAAUUAACAGACAUUUUCCAACAUGCAGACACUUGUAACAUUGUUCAUAUUUUAACAGACAAUUCCCAUUUGUGUCUGACAGAACUAAAAAAUGAUGCUUUUAUUUAAGUUGUUACAAGGCUUGACCAGCCUCAUUAGGAAAACAUUUUUAGAUUUCUGAUUGGUUUAAUGGGUCGAUCAAGGCCAUCUUUCCUCAGCUGACAAACUUGAUGUAAGCAGAUUGUUGGGUAUAUUUGAUGCUCUGAGCCAAAACAACAUAACAUCAUAGGGUUGUUCUUUUUUAAAGGUAGAAAAUUGACAGUAACUUUCUUUUUGUUACACUAAUUGUGAUGUUCUGUGUAGGUAUAGUACAUAAUCGUCUUGCCAAAGUUGCACCUGAAUCAUUUUUUUCUGUUCUCUAUGACCUCUGAGGUUCCUGUUGAAUGUGGACUUAACUGAUCUGAACAGCAGACCUCUUACUGUCUCUGACUCAAGUUACAUGAUCCCAGAGAAAGCACCCUGACCUCUGAGACCUCUGAUGUGGUCUAUGACGGGUCAGGAAGCUGGAGGCAGACGUGGUGAUUGAAGUCAGUGGAAAGGAGAAAGAUGUGACAGUGUAUGCACCUCUCUUGUUUUUGUUUUUCAAUGUUGUGUUGUUACAACUAAUAAAAGCCUAUGGUUAAUCACA